UUGGUGCUGAAACAGGUUGAAGCUAGCAAAACCUGGAAACGCCCACACACUCAACCAGUAAGAGGCCACCUUCCCUCCACCAUGUCCCCUGCCUAUUUACAACAUUGUAGGCACCCACUGAAUUUCAGCUGAUGCCUUAAGCUGUUGCUGUGCUCUUCAGAGAGCAAGAUCAGAUCUCAGAAGUCCUGAAAGCUACAUUGAUUAAGUAUUGCCUCUUCAGUGUUUGGGAGCCACACACAAUGAAACUGAAGUUCAGCAGCUGGGUAUCUCUGCUAGGUUUCCUAUUUUCAACUUGCACUGCAUAUGUGGCUACCAGGGAUAACUGCUGCAUCUUGGAUGAACGAUUUGGUAACUAUUGCCCCACCACAUGUGGCAUUGCAAAUUUCUUAAAUAAAUAUCAGCCUGAGACAGAUCGAGAUCUCCAAGUACUUGAAAAUAUCCUGCAGCAGAUUUCAAAUUCCUCAGCUUUAACAGACGAGUUGUUCCAACAGAUCCGAAAUGUGCACAUCCCAGACCGAUCAACUCAGCCAAAUGUGGUUGCAGCUCUUACUCAAAAAUCCAGAGACAUCAUUGAUGAAGUCAUCAGAUAUGAAAACACUAUUGUGGCCCAUGAAAAUACAAUACAAUUUUUGACAGAAAUUGUCGUAUCCAACAAUAACAAAAUUGCAGUAUUAAAGCAGAAGACUGCUCAGCUUGAGGCACAAUGUCAGCAGCCAUGUCAAGACACUGUCCAGAUACAGGAACUAACUGGAAAAGAUUGCCAAGAUAUUGCAAAUAAAGGUGCAAGACAAAGUGGCCUCUACUUCAUCAAACCUCAAAAAACCAAGGAGCAGUUCCUGGUCUACUGUGAAAUUGAUUCAGCAGGCAAUGGGUGGACAGUUAUUCAAAGGAGACUUGAUGGGAGUGAAGACUUUAGGAAAAAUUGGAUUCAGUACAAGGAAGGAUUUGGACAUCUGUCACCAAAUGAUCAGACAGAAUUCUGGCUGGGAAAUGAGAAGGUUCAUUUAAUAACCACUCAGUCUACUGUCCCAUAUGCCUUAAGAAUAGACCUGGAUGACUGGAGUGGCCAAACAAGCCAUGCAGAUUAUGCUCACUUCAAACUAGGAACUGAAGCAGAUAAAUAUCGCCUGACCUACGCUUUCUUUGUUGGAGGUGAUGCUGGAGAUGCCUUUGAUGGUUUUGAUUUUGGGGAUGAUCCAAGUGACAAAUUCUUUACUUCUCACAAUGGGAUGCAGUUCAGUACACAUGACAGUGACAAUGAUAAAUAUGAUGGCAACUGUGCUGACCAAGAUGGAUCUGGAUGGUGGAUGAACAGAUGUCAUGCUGGUCACCUCAAUGGCAAAUAUUACAGAGGUGGUGAUUACACUGCAAGAGACGCUGGCCCAUCUGGAUAUGAUAAUGGUAUUAUCUGGGCAACCUGGCAUUCUCGGUGGUAUUCCAUGAAGAAAACAUCAAUGAAAAUUAUUCCAUUCAGCAGACUCGCAGCACUAGGAGAAGGACAGACUGGAGAAAUAAAACAGGGACUGGGAAGUCGAGGAGACAUUUAAAAAGAUAAUAAAUCCAACUCCAGAAUUAGUUAAUAACAACUUCAUGCCUAAACAAAGUUUGAGCAUAUUCCAUACUGUGCUCUUGUGGAAAAUAUUCUCCAAGCUAUUUUAACUUAAUAUAGUUCUGUUUAUGUCAUUUAACUUACACAGGUACAGCCUCAUUUCUUUAGCUAUUUCAAACUGCUUAUAUUCAAAAUCAAAUCCUAUCAAUAUGAAUCACCAAUAUUUGAAAUUUGCUGCCACAGGUUAUGGCAAUGGCCACUAGUUUUUAAAUUAUUUAAAAAAAACAAUUAAACCAAUUUAUGAUAUAAAGCUAUUAUCAGUGGCUAUUAGGCAUGUUAACUGUAUCUUCAUCUUUAGUUACACAAAUAUCAGUUGCUGGGGGAUAAAUAACAGGAGAGGACUGUUCUGUUAGUGUUCUGCUUGUGGAUUUCCUUGACUCCUGGGAUUGUGUCCAAACAGCUUUUUUACCCAGUCUGGCUAAAUUCCCUUUCUUGCUACAGUGUCUAGUCCCACAAGGCACAACCAUCACAGAUUUUUUGAUGGUCAAAGAACAUCUGCCUGUUUACACCUGCAGAGAAGUUGGUUGGAACCAACCUCUGGUCUAGAUGGAACUUUGGUCUAGCAGAGCUCUUGUUAUGUCUGCAAACUCCUAUUAGAAAGAUGUAGGGUUCCCAGCCUUCCACUAGGAGCAGGAUUUCUCUUGGUUUGGGGGACCCAACCCGCCAGCAUGGGGCUGGCCCCUGGGGGUAUCCACACCCCCAAAGAGCGCCAUCAUUUGCAGCAUGCCUGGCAUGAUGACAUCACCAGAAAGUGACAUCAUUGUGCCAGGCAUGUCACACAGGGAAUGCUCUAGCAAUUUGGGUAUAAACUCUAAGGUGCCAUAGAGUUUUUACCCAAAUUCCUAGAGUGUCCCGCCAUACAAUGUGCCUGGCACGAUGAUGACAUUUCCAGGUGACAUCAUCACACUAUGCACUUUUUGCACGUGUGAGGAUCAUCCCCCCCCCACCACCACCACCACCAGGUAGGACCUGGCAACCCUAAAAACAUGUAAUUCAGACUUUUCAUGGAAAGACAAACAAUUAUAGUUAUUCCUCUUCUAUUGUUGAUUGGAGAUGUUUAAAAACAAUAUUUCUGACAAAGAUUUAACUUGACACAUUUUCAAAGCCCUUAUGAAAUGAGAUCCUAAACUCACAUAAAUUUCAAUUGACUUUGGUUGUAAUGUAGGAUCUUAUACUAGUAUCAAAAUGUUAAAUAUACAAGUUAUUCUUUACAGAUUGGAUAAAAGACAUUCACAACCCACUUUCUACAUGCACUGCAUAGACAUACAGUAUUCUCAAGGCCUCUUUGUGACAGUACUCAUACUGAUACUGAAAACUGGUACUUUUUUCAGUGAUGGCCCAAUCCUGAGGAGAGAACUGAUAGAAAUUGGUGCAACCUUAUAUAUGAGUACCAGCACCUUUUUCUUUUACAAACAAAUAAACAAACCCCAAAACAAACAAAAAACCAACAAAGCCUUGAGUCUUCUACUAGGCUGUGAGGAUGGCUCACAAAUGCCAUGUUCUCAAGCAUGAAUCUUGAAGUUAUAUGGUUGUGUUUGCAGGUAACAGCAAUAGAAUAUCUUCUGUGUGUACAUAACCUUUCCAUAAAGGCUAACAAUCCUCUGGAUUAGAAUAACAAUUUGUGGUGGUUUUUCAGUAUGUCCAGUGUCUAUUCCAAUAAAUACAAAUAAUAAAAUGUGUAAAAAUAGCCACCCCAUACAUGGAAUUCUAAUAAAGUUCUAAGUUGUCUUCGAAAUAUCAGUUCAAAAAUAUGUACUUGUAGUCCUUGCUUAUCUAUAGGACAUCUCAUCCAUAUGACAAUUGUCAGUUGUUCCUUUCUUUAAAGUUGUCUGUGUUUUAUUGGAGGUGGUCAACUGUUCUUUUUAAAAAGGCAAAUUGUUUUGUGAAUAAAACUCAGCAUUACCAAAUUUGGUAAUAUAAACAUC